GGAUGAACCUAGGUUGUAAAACCUAAGUUUGAAAGAACAAGGCCAUUUCGUCAUUUCUGGUUUUUCAGUCUCAUCCUCUCAAAUUCACAAAUUCUAUCAAAGAUUCAACUUGCUCUCUUUAUUCAAAAUUUGGAGAUAAAGAAUGGAGGAAAAACAUGACAGAAACAAAGGAUGCAAUUGCAAACACAUCACCAUCGAGGAAAAUGUGCUGUCAGAUUCACUGGCCAAAUUGAAGGACAAAUUGGAGAAGCUUUCUCCAUUGUCCCAUAAUAAAUGUAGCAUUUUUAGAGUUCCUCCACAACUACGUGAACGAAAGGAAAAGGCCUUCACUCCUCAAGUUAUUUCAAUUGGUCCACUCCAUCACAACAGUCCAAAGCUUAAGCCCAUGGAAGAACACAAAAUGAGAUACCUAAAAGACUUCCUAUCACGUACUCAGGCAAGCCUAGAGGACUGUGUACAACUAUUGAAGGGCAAAGAAGAGAUGUUACGAAGUUAUUAUGCAGAUCUCAUUGAAUUUGAUAGUGACAAGUUUAUUGAGAUCAUCCUGGUAGAUGCAACUUUCAUUCUCGAACUAUUCUUUAGGAAUAGCUUUGGCAAUCACCAGUUGCGGAAUCAGCAUGAUCAUUUCUUUGGAAGCCCCAGGAAGCUAUACUUCAUCAAAAAUGAUAUGAUUUUACUUGAAAAUCAAGUUCCUUUCUUCAUCAUUGAGGAUCUUCUUUCAUUAGCUGAAUCAGACAUUCCCACAAAAGAUGAUGUUCGACGUUUAGCAGUCAAGCUGACCUGUGAGUUCUUCAGAAAGAAAUUAGAUUAUUUGUUGCAUAUGGAUAACUUCAAUGUUGAGGGAAAACUGGAUCGAACGGAAAUACAUCAUUUUGUUCAUUUUGCCAGAAUUUGUUAUUUGCCCCAAGAGAUGCCAUCCAAAAAUAAAUCAAAGUCCUUCACUAUGCCCACUGCAACACAGUUACACCAAGCUGGAGUCAAGUUCAAGGCGAAGAAAAAUGGGAGCAUUUUUGAUAUAACAUUCAAAGAUGGAGUCUUGGAGAUUCCAUACUUCACAAUGAAAGAUACCCUGGAUAUUCUUCUGAGAAAUCUCAUUGCAUAUGAAUAUUGCCACUCGCAUGAUAAUUAUGUGAAUGACUAUGUCUUUGUCCUCGACAGUCUUGUGGACACACCUGGUGAUGUGGAUUUGCUCACUGAGAAUGGGAUUAUUGAAUCCAAGUUAUCAGGAAGUCAAGAAGUAGCUUCUGCAAUCAACAAUCUUUCCCCAGGAGUAAUCAUGGCAAGAAGAACAUUUUACUUCGCAGACCUAUGUGAGAAGCUGAAUCAGUAUUAUACAGUGACUUGGCAUAAAUGGAGGGCAACUUUGAAAGAGGAAUAUUUUAGUAAUCCAUGGGCCAUCAUCUCUUUAAUUGCUGCAAUUAUGCUUCUCAUGCUCACCUUUGUGCAGACAACAUACGCAGUCAUGUCCUACCAUUAUUAGCUUGCGUACAUGUGAGUUCGUGUGCAUUGUACUAGUUGGUUGUUUAAAAUAAAUUUUAGUGAAUGAAACCAGCAAGCUAAUGGGGGAAAGGAUAUUGUUCAAUUUACUAGAAGGUUUAAAAGCAAAAACAAUAUAUCAAUUAAAUUAUUCGAUCAAAAAAAAAAA